GGGCUGGGGCUCAGCCUCAGCGCCGGCCGCCGCUCGCUGCCUUUCCGGCCAUGAGCCCCCCGCCCGUGUCGGUGUCGGGGCCGGGGCCGCGGCGGGCGGGCUGCGGGCGCUGAGCGAUGUCGCGAGCGGCGGGCGGCGAGUGCCGCAAGGAGGCUGCGGGUUGGGAGGGCGAGGAGGGGCAGUGCGACUCGGGCAUCGAGUCACUGCGCUCGCUGCCGGGCGGGAGGGAGACCCCCGCCGCCGCCGAGACCCCCCCCGCCGCCGCCGGGAUCCCGCCCGCUGACACCUUUGCCGAGGCCGCUGCUGCUGAGGAGCGGCUCGACUCCAGCUACGGCUCCGGCGCCCUUCCCGAACCCCUGCCCGCGCUGCCGGCCGCCUGCCGCGCCGAGGAGCCGCCGCCCGAGGGGCUCAGCCGGCAGCAGCUGGAAGCUCUCACCUACCUUUCGGAGGAUGGAGACACGUUGGUUCACCUGGCCAUUAUCCACUGCGUCCCAGCUGUGGCACUCUGCUGUAUCGCUCAUCUGCCCAGGGAGGUGCUGGAGAUUCAAAAUGAUCUUUUCCAGACCCCGCUGCACCUCGCCGUGUACCUGGAGCAGCCCUGUGUGAUCCAGGCACUGAUCCACAAGGGAGUGAACCCCGGGCUGCAGGACCGCAACGGCAACACGCCGCUGCACCUAGCCUGCGAGCAGCAGCACAUGCAGUGCGCCCAGCAGCUGCUGCAGGGCACGGCCCCGCCGCAGGGCACCCCACAGCCCCAUGGGCACCACCACAACCUGCAGCUCCAGAACUGGCAAGGCUUGGCCUGUCUGCACAUCAGCACCUUGAAGGGGAACAUCCCGAUGAUGUCUUUGCUGCUGGAGAGCGGUGCCAACAUCGAUGUUCAGGAGGGCACAAGUGGGAAGACCCCAUUGCACUUGGCCGUGGAGUGCCACAACCACAGGGCUGUGCAGUUCCUGCUGCACCAUGGGGCAUACGUGGACGCACAGAUGUACAAUGGGUGCACCCCACUCCACCUCGCUGUGGGUCGCAAGGAUGCUGCCAUUGCCGCCAUGCUCUCGCACUGUGGGGCUGACACUCUGCUGAGGAACAUGGAGGAUGAGACAGCCCAGGACCUCGCUGAUGGCAACGAUGAUCUCCUCGCCUUGCUGCCCUUCGAUGACCUGAAGAUAUCAGGGAAGCCUGUGGUGUGCUCUGAAUGAGCGGCUGGACUCCUUUGGCCUGUUGGGCUGUCUCCUUGCCCUGUGCUGCUGCCUCCUGGGACCUUGUCUGCCUGCAGUUCAGUGGGAGCAGCACCACUGUGGGACACAGUGAGCUCUCCUCUUUGGAAAAGUUUUGUUGUCCUCAGGCUGCCUUCCCAGAGGGAAGAAGGCAGCACUAUGAGCACUACACAGGGGGGGCUUUUCCUUGAGUAUUUAUGCCCAGCAGCAGGACUGAACAGGAGUCUCAAAGUUACACAGGGAAGGAGCAGGAGACGACUUCUUUUCAUGCUACAUGGUGGACAGAGCAUCCUCUGGCAUACCCCCAAACGCCAUCAGAGUAAGCAUGGGGUGAGGUGAAUGAACACUCACUCUAAUAAACGUUUGUUCUUGCUGUGGGCA